GAAGUUUUCGAAACCAAUACUUGAGUAGAAGUAUAGGCUAGCCUAGAUAUUUCACCGAGCAGAAAAUGACUCCGGAGGAAAACAACCUAGGGUCUAUUUAUGCAUUGAUUACAGGAAAGAGAGAACCUUGGACCAUGGAUGACAUGGAGGAAAAGCCGCUGAUCUCUGGCUGUAACGAGACUGAAAUGCACCAGGUUGACCUGAGAUUGAUCUUGAAAGAAGAAGACAUAAAAGAGGAGGAGUAUGGUCAUAUGAUAUCAUGUCCGGUCAAAGAUGAAGAAGAAGAAAAGCCUUUUGCAGAACGUCACUGUAAAAUUGAAAGAGACGAAACCGACGAUACCGACUCUAACGAUGAAACACUACAGACACCAGCGGAGAUUGAAGUGGAGAUUGAGGAGGACGAGCAGCAUGAUUACCAGCUGGAAAGUCUACCAGAACACCCACAUGUAAUGCAGCAGAAGAUCCAUGGACAGAAUGAUGAACUCAACCUGCAACUCGAAAGAAGACUGCACCACUGCACAGUCUGCAGGAAGAGCUUUACAGCCCUUACUGAACUUGAGAAACACCAGCAAAAACACGCUACUAGUGUUUCACAAACACAGAGGACAAGCAAAUCUCAGAUGCUAAUUCACACAGGAAAAAAAGCUCAUAAAUGUGCCUCUUGUGGAAAGGUUUUUCAAGCACUUUCGAAACUUAAGAGUCAUAUGGUAAGACACAGUGGAGAAAAACCAUAUAAAUGUGUCCAGUGUGGAAAAGCAUUUGCUAACCCUUCAUAUAUUAAAAUCCACAUGCUAACUCACACUGGAGAGAAGCCUCAUAAAUGUUCCCAGUGUGGAAAGACUUUUAGAACCUCCCAAGAUCUUCAGCGGCAUAAGUUUACACACACUGGAGAGAAGUGUCAUAAAUGUGUCCAGUGUGGAAGAGCAUUUUCACGCUCUUCUUAUCUUAGCAGACACAUGCUAACGCACACUGAAGAGAAGCAUCAUAAAUGUUCCCAGUGUGGAAAAGCUUUUUUACUAAUUUCAAAUCUAAUCAAAUCCCAUAUGCAAAUUCACACGGGAGAAAAACCUUAUAAAUGUGCCUCUUGUGGAAAGGGUUUUCAAUGGUUUUCAAAACUUAAGGUCCAUAUGCUGACACACAGUGGAGAGAAGCCGUGUAAAUGUGUCCAGUGUGGAAGAGAAUUUGCGCACCCUGCAUAUACUAAAAUCCACAUGCUAACUCAGACUGGAGAGAAGGCUCAUAAAUGCAUCCAGUGUGGAAGAGAAUUUGCGCACCCUUCAUAUCUUAAGAAACACAUGCUAACUCACACUGGAGAGAAGCCUCAUAAAUGUGUCCAGUGUGGAAGAGCAUUUGCACACUCUUCAUAUCUUAGCAAACAUAAGCUAACUCACACUGGAGAAAAGCGUCAUAAAUGUGUUCAGUGUGGAAGACCAUUUUCACUAAUGAGUAGUCUGAAACGCCAUAUGCUAGUGCACACUAAAAAAAUACUGCACUCUCAGAAAAGAAAGAAUAGAAUUGUACCUUCAGAGGUACCAAGGCUCAUCGCUAGGGCAGCACCCUCAAAGGAACAAAAUGUGUACCUUUAAACCGGGUACAUAUAUGUACCCUUACAGUUUGUACCCUUUGGUGGUAAAUAUGUACCCUAAGGUACAAACUUGUAUCUUGUACAACUUGUACAUUGACCCCAAUUUGGACCCCAAUUGUACCCUUUUUUCUGAGAGUGUAGAUUUGAUUCAUUUAAUUCUUUUUCGUCUGUGAGUGCAAAAAACUGAUGAUGCCAAUGUGAAUUUUCUUAUGCUAGUGCACAGAAGGGAUAAAAGGUAAAAAGAGAUGAUUUUUUUUUAAAAGAGUUAAAAUGGCUGGGAGUUGAAAAUAGAGAGUUAAAAUUGCAGGGAGUUGAAAAAUUCUGUGAUAGAUUUUAUUAAUUUAACUAUUUUCCUGUCCGCCAAUGCAUAAAACAGUACCUAUGUACUGAUGAUGAAAAUGUGAAGUGAAUUGAAAUUAAAAGUCUGAUACCAAAAAACAGUGUGGUGUGCUGGAAUCUUAUGUGAGGAUGUUCAAAGACCCACACCUUUUAAAUUAGUUAUUUUUAACUUUUGUGCUAAUGUUCUACUUAGCUAUUGCCAGGGGUGAAAGUAAGCCGGUACUGGCCGGUACGGAGU